AUGAUAAAAUCAUCAACGAGCUUGAAGAUUAAAUAUAAACAAUCAAACCCAACUUCCAAUUCAACACCGAUACCAACGAGUAAGGUGGAAAAUAAACCCAAGGAAACUAAAGUUGAAUCUUUAGUAUCUAGCACUAGCAAUCUUGUUAGCACCGAACUUGAAGAUAAUAGCACUUCCGGUCCAACACCAAAGUCAAAGAGCAUAGUACCGGAGAAAACUAAAGUUGAAUCUUUGGUAUCUAGUACUAGUAAUCUUGUUAGCACAGAACUAGAAGAUAUUAGCACUUCCAAUCCAACACCAACCUCAACCAGUCUAAUUGAUGAUAAACUAGAAACGAAGUCCGAUGACGUCACUUCUGAUCCGAUACCAACAUCAACCAGUCCAGUUGAUGAUAAAGCAGAGAAAACCAAAUCUGAAUCUGUGAAAACGAAGCUCGAUGACACAACCACUUCCAUUCCAACCAGUCUUCAAGAUAUUAGCACUUCGAAUCCAACACCAAAUCCAACCAGUCUAGUAGAUGAUAAACCAAAUAAAAACAAAGUAAAACCGAUAUCAACCAGUCUAGAAGAUAUUAACACUUCGAAUCCAACACCAAAUCCAAUCAGUCUAGUUGAUGAUAAACCAGAUAAAAACAAAUAUAAAUCUGUAGAUGACACGACCACUUUCAUUCCAACCAGUCUAGAAGAUAUUAGCACUUCGAAUCCAACACCAAAUCCAACCAAUCUAGUUGAUGAUAAACCAGAUAAAAACAAAUCUAAAUCUGUGGAUGAAACGAUCACUUCCAUUACAACCAGUCUAGAAGAUAUUAACACUUCGAAUCCAACACCAAAUACAACUAGUCUAGUAGAUGAUAAACCAAAUAAAAACAAAGUAAAACCGACAUCAACCAGUCUAGAAGAUAUUAGCACUUCGAAUCCAACACCAAAUCCAACCAGUCUAAUUGAUGAUAAACCAGAUAAAAACAAAUCUAAAUCUGUAGAUGACACGACCACUUCCAUUACAACCAGUCUAGAAGAUAUUAGCACUUCGAAUCCAACACCGAAUCCAACCAGUCUAGUAGAUGAUAAACCGGUUAAAAACAAAGUAAAACCGAAGAUCGAUAACAUCACUUCUGAUCUGAUACCAACAUCAACUAGUCUAGUUGAUGAUAAACCAGAGAAAACCAAAUCUGAAUCUGUAAAACUGAAGCUCGAUGACAUUACUUCUGAGAUACCAACCACAACCAGUCUAGUUGAUGAUAAACAUAAAAACAAAGUAAAACCGAAGCUCGAUGACAUUACUUCUGAGAUACCAACCACAACCAGUCUAAUUGAUGAUAAACAUAAAAACAAAGUAAAACCGAAGCUUGAUGACAUCACCUCUGAGAUACCAACCACAACCAGUCUAGUUGAUGAUAAACAUAAAAACAAAGUAAAACCGAAGCUUGAUGACAUUACUUCUGAGAUACCAACCACAACCAGUCUAGUUGAUGAUAAACCGGAUAAAAACAAAGUAAAACCGAAGCUCGAUGACAUCACCUCUGAGAUACCAAUUCCAACCAGUCUAGUUGAUGAUAAAAAUAAAAAUAAAGUAAAACCGAAGCUCGAUGACAUUACCUCUGAGAUACCAACCACAACCAGUCUAGUUGAUGAUAAGCAUAAAAACAAAGUAAAACCGAAGCUCGAUGACAUUACUUCUGAGAUACCAAUUCCAACCA